UCUGACUCUCUUAAACCUUGUGGUUCCGCUUUUGCUUGAGGACGCUGCCUGGUGUUCGUUCUGUGGAGGAUGCUCCAGAGUCUCUCCUGCAGCCGGGGAUCGUGUCCUUCCCAGCGGGACUAGGACGCCUCUGGACAGACGCAGUUUCAGGAGGACCGGACGCCUGAACCGUCCCGACAAAGAGCCACCAUGGAUCUGUCCUUCAUGGCAGCGCAGAUCCCGGUGAUGACGGGCGCCUUCAUGGACUCGUCUCCCAACGACGACUACAGCACCGACCACUCCCUGUUCAACUCGUCCGCCAGCGUCCACGCCGCCUCCAUGGCCGCUCACAGCCCACCUGAGGAGAACCAGUCCAUGUCCCGGGACGCCAUUUGGCUCUGGAUCGCCAUCACUGCCACCAUCGGGAACAUCGUGGUGGUGGGCGUCGUGUACGCGUUCACGUUCUGAGGGGAACCUGGACGACUGACACCAUGUGGAUAUCAUUUAUGACUGGCUAUAGACAGUGGCUCUCUGCUGAGUGGGUGACUCAUCAAAUGUAAUUUUGUCUAGUCACUAAAGAAACAUCAGCAAAAUUACCCAGCAGUCAUCAGUCGCAAAGCACUCAAACUCAUAAUGAACUCCAGCCAGCGAAGCGUGGAAGAGUGAAGGGAGAAAGUAUAUAUUUUGCACAAAACAUGUUCUUAUUGGGGGAGUAGAGGUGGUAAUAGCAGAUAUAAUGUUAAAAAAAAUGUCUUUCUGUCUUUUUUAUGUGCUUUGAGGUAGGAUUAUUUCAUCUUUAAUGGCCUGUAUAUGCCUGAGUAAAGUGUUUGCUUACAGUGUACCACUUCCUGCACAGUGUAUGCAUAUCAGUUCUGGAGAAGCAGGUUGAAACUGUGAGGAGGCUCUGUAACUCUUCAGAGAAACAAUGUGAUCCUCUAGGAAACACCAGGGUAGUGUGUAUGCGUGAUACUAUUUUGUUACAUUACAAAGUUUGACGAUUUCACUUUUCAAACCCCCCCCCCCAGAAAUUUGUAAAUGUGUUAUUAGUUUGUGCAAACAGUGCUUGAGAAAUGCUUUUUGUGAAACUAACUCCUCUAUCUUAUUUGUUAAUGUGCACAACAAUGUGUAAAUAUGUAUAAUUUAAUACUUGACCGGAGUGAAAGCUCUUAUUGUGUUGGAUGGACGGGUGGAUAAGAUAGUGAUUAUGAGAGAAACAAACUGAACACUCCUCCCUUUUGAAUAUCUUGUAUUAAUAUACCUUCUGUUUAAUCUGAUCUCUCUUUUAAAAACCAUACUUACUAACUAGUUUUUGCAUUCCAGCUCUGCUAACAUCACUUUUCUCAGUGCAGGGUGCAGAGCAGUAGACAAGCCACAGUUACAGUGCAGUAUCAGAGUUAACAAGAAAAACACUCAGAGAGCAGUACUCUGCCAAGGCUGUUCAAUCCCCCAUAUGGCAUUGUCAGAAAUUCUGCAUAAUUUUGUGAAAAUGCAGCAUUUGUUUAUUAGUUAUUGAUGAUCAGAAAUCACUUCAACAUAAAAUGUGGCCAUUUAAUAUACAUAUGUACCCACAAACGAAAUGACGUUGCGCUGAGCACAGGCGUGUGUUAUGCAUGUGUACGUUACAUACAGAUACCGAAACACGUGACCUAAAUAUGUAGCGGGCGGUAGGAAUUGAUGGGAUUCGGAAACAUCCCCACAAUGUAGUCAAUUGUUCCAUGUGUCAUUUCCGACAGAUAAGUCCCGAUAAGUCCGCAGUUGUGGAUUUGUAGUAGGAUCGCAAUCAUGUGAUCGUCAGCAGGCAGCUGACGUAGCGUUCACUUGUUGUCAUAGUUACAGUGAUGCCUUGCCGGCCGCUAUCUCGCAAUGGGAGAUCCUUAACAAAUCCAUGGAUCCAAACUUUAAGCCACAUCACUGCCAAAAUCUAAUGAGGUGGUCCUUGUGUCAUUUCUGACUUUCCCUGAAAAUUUGAUCCAAAUCCGUUAGUUCUUUUUUGAGUAAUGUUGUGCACAGACAGAUGCACGUACGCCGAUCGUCACAUAACUCCUUGGUGAAGUAAUGAUGAAAUUAUAUUUGGAAUAUUGCAUAAUGAAAUAGCAUUGUGAAACCCACAGUUGUAUAACACUGUAUAAAAAGUCGACAGCGUUGCUUAUUUCUAAACCUUUGUCACUAGCCUGUAAGCCUUACCUGAGGGCAAACAAAACCCUGAGGGAAGGCAUGAAGCAACAGCUAAAUGUUGCCGUGGUUCUUUAAGUUGUUUAUUUCUAUGCUAUCAUGUUUGUGUAAAUUGUUGUAAAUGCACAGAGAUACCUGUAUAGAUUAAAGGCAUUUAAAGACUCUUACAUAGCUUUGGGGCUUCACAGCUCAUGUAGAUUAAUUACGUUUGCAAAUGAUUUAGAUGCAACUGUGUGAUUAAAAAAACCCUUAUUAAUUACAUGGCUUGUUCUUGCCAAUUAAAAAAACGAUUACUUUUGACUUGUCAUGUCAUUAUCAGGGUUUUAAAUGAAGACACGACACCUGGCCUGGACAUAUUAUGUGUUCUAAUGGGAGAUUACUUCCGCAGCGUUUCACAAACCUCCAAACAACAAUAAAUCAAAGUGUAAAACAAA